GAGUUUUUAAAAAGAAUUCGAGUCACGGCCAUUUCCCUGUCCAUUGGCGUCGUUUCAAGAGCGUCCACUUUUCAUAUCGCAUUUGCCGUUUGCACCCCGAUGCCUCUAAUCGUGAGCAAAUUACAUACUUGGCUAUCAAUCGCUACGUAAUGUUUUCCGGUAAAAUACUAAACGCAAAUCCGUAUCGAUGUUUAAAAAUUUACAAUCGGAGAGAAAAAAAGGUACCUACUCAAACUUAUCGACAUUUCGAGAUAUUUAGAAACCGUUUAAUGUUAUUUCGCGUUCCUCGGCCCGAAGACUCUCGACCAGGGAAAGUUUUACGGCGAUUCGUUCCUUUCCCUUCUUCUUCAUUUUUAAUAGUCGCAUUCGGACAGAAAACUCGCUAAUGUUAUCGUCGGUGUACGAAGUGCCACCACCUUCUUUUGGUCGAUUUAUUUUGCAUGUAAAGGAGGGUGAUAAAUUUGAUGCUAAGAAACAAGAAAAGAACGUCCUUGACCUAUUCUAACGGUAAAGUAUAGGAUAAACCAAGUGGAGGGUAUUGCUCGAGCCCUUUCACAUAUAUUACGUAUACCAACGAGUAUCGCAAGGGUACAUAAGGUUCAACGUAAAAAGCAACUUGCUUCGGAAUCUCAGAAACGCGAGAGAGAGCGCGUGAAUAUCGAUUUGGCAAUCGUCGGGCAUUCCGUGAGUCGUUCCCGAGUGAAUACCGGCUUAAUGGCCAAUGAUCGUUCCAGCAAUUGCACAAUGAAGGGAAGUGCUAAUACCAGAGCUCCCUAAGGCGCCGUUCGGAUGGAACGCUGGCACGAUCCAUUGAUUCCUGCCGAUCUGGGCGCACAUUAUGUAAUAAUACUUUAACGACCGAGAAACGAAACGGUCACUGUCGUCCCUCGGAUAUUAAAUCAACCGGCCAUGUUAGUCUAUAAAUCACCGGUAAAUAACGGGAAGACCUAACGUUUCAAAGAAAAUAACCAGAGUAAAAGAGCACGGGGAAUAAGUAGAUUUUAUCGUUCGGUCUUGAAUUGUCCCGGCUACCUGGUGGCAACGUCGAGCGUCGUGAAACCGCAUAUCGCGGUAAAAAUAGACCUUGGAACUCUUGAGGCUCGGCCGUAGACUUUGGAAGAUACCGAGGUGGAUUUUACGUAACCGUACGAACGACGCAUCGGGUCGCGUCGGGUCGCGUCGGGUCGCCACGUGGACGAGCGUAUCGUUGAAUUCGAUCGGAAAUUAGAGGUUAAGUUGGGUCAGAUCUCGGUUGCGGUAGUCGUUUUGCGUCGCAUGCUUCUUUACGUCGAUGACAAGAACGAGUCCCCUUACCAUUCGAAAAAUGCUUCCCUCGGGUCACGGGCUUCUCUUAAAAGGGAAUAUUUCUCCGGUGAAGGUGGUCCAAGACCGUAGGCGCGUUUCAUUAAGUUAACCAAUGCAAACGGAAUACGUCUCGUCUCGGGGUGGGCAGGGUGGACUCUCGUUUUAGGUUAGGUCGACGCAAAAAGCGCCGGGGAUGCCUCGGAACGAUCCAUGUAAUCGGUGAGCGUUAGCGGUCGAGCGGCGGAUCUUGGGAAAGAAGGAGGAACGGCUUGGACUAACCCCUCCUUCGAGUCCCCUCGGGGACUCGGUUCGAGACGUGGAGGCUCGAAGUGGCGCGUACACUGUUAGGAAUUUCAGUGAGUCGCUUCCUCUCGUCGAGGCGACUGCCGUUGUGGCGAACACAGGCGUGAAAGCUCCAAAGCACGUCAAUCGACAGCGAUUCCGCUCGUAGUCGGCCUCGCUGACCGAAAUUUUCACUCGGGGAGUUUCACUUCUAACCUGAAUUCUUCCGGAGAAGCUACUAAGGACAGCGCACUCCGCAAAGGCUUACCGGGAAGAGAAACGGAACCGAAGCCAAAUUGCGGAUGAAUAUAAGCAGAAUCCCCAACGUGCUCGCCGACUUAAUUACGGAGGACACGUUGACUCGAAACGGAUCGAUCGAAUAGAAGGAAGCAAUUUAAAGCAAACUUAACCGAUUUUUUUACUUCGAUCUCUAAUGAGAAUUAUGUGGCCAAACGAUGUUGGAAUUAAGGCAAUGGAAGUAUACUUCCCGGCACAAUGCGUCCGUCAGGAAGAACUCGAACGACACGACGGGGUUACUGCUGGAAAAUAUACCGUCGGUCUGGGCCAAGCAAAAAUGGGAUUUUGUAGCGAUCGGGAAGACGUCAAUUCCUUGUGUCUGACGGUAGUCCACAGGCUGCUCGACGGAUAUGGAAUAAAUCCUAAAGACAUCGGAAGAUUAGAGGUGGGAACGGAAACUCUUUUGGAUAAGAGCAAAUCGGUCAAGUCCGUUCUAAUGCAGCUGUUCGAACCGUCUGGCAAUACGGACGUCGAAGGUGUAGAUAGUACAAAUGCCUGUUACGGUGGAACGGCUGCCCUGUUCAAUGCAAUUUCAUGGGUCGAAAGUAGCGCUUGGGAUGGCAGACUGGCAAUAGUCGUGGCGGCGGAUAAUGCCGUCUAUUCUAAAGGCAACGCCCGACCAACCGGAGGUGCCGGAGCGAUUGCUAUGUUGAUCGGACCGAAUGCUCCUUUGGUUUUCGAUCGUGGACUCAGAGCUUCGUGUAUGCGCCAUGCCUAUGAUUUUUAUAAACCCGAUCUUCGAUCCGAAUAUCCAGUUGUGGAUGGGAAACUGUCCAUUCGUUGUUACCUCAGUGCCCUGGAUGAUUGUUAUCAAAAGUAUUGCGAGAAGGUAAAAAGAAAUGAGGACAAGACCGUGUCUUUGGAUACCUUCGAUGCUGUAUUAUUCCACUCUCCGUACUGCAAACUGGUACAAAAGUCUUUUGCUAGGUUAGCAUUUAUAGACUUUUUAAAUGAGCCAAACGAGCGACUUUUCGAAAAGUUCCCAGGUUUGGAGAAAUUCCAUGGGGAAAAGUUGGAGAAAACUUACUUCGAUAGAGAUAUCGAAAAGGCAUUCAUGGCCUCCAGUAAUGCUAAGUUUCUGCAGAAAACACAGCCUAGUUUAUUUAUUGCCAAUCAAGUUGGAAACAUGUAUACACCUUCUGUUUAUUCAGGAUUAGUAUCGCUGCUCAUUAAGAAAUCCCUUAAUGAGUUGGCAGGCAGCAAAGUCGGCAUAUUCUCAUAUGGCUCUGGCUUGGCCUCCAGUAUGUACUCCCUUACGAUAACUAAAGAUGUAAGUAAUAAUUCGGACUUAGCAAAGCUAGUUUCCCAUCUUUCGUAUGUAGAGUCACAAUUGGAUGCCAGGGAGUGCGUCUCUCCCGCGGAUUAUACGAAAUGUCUUGAGUUGAGAGAGCAAAAUUGCCACGUCAUACCGUAUGAACCUUGCAGCAGUAUUGCCAAUAUGUUUCCUGGGACUUACUACCUAGUCCGUGUUGACGAAAUGUAUAGGAGAACGUAUGAGAGAGUAUUACUUUCGAAAUAAUUACUAUACCUUUUUUACCGACUUCCGACAGAGUGCUUUUUCUGAACGAAGUUUCAUCAUAAAAAAGAACAUUUUGUUGCUAUUACGUUUUGUGCACUUUGUUACAUGCCGUAUACUGUUUUUAUGUAUAUUCUGAAAUAUAGGCCUUUAAAUGUU